GGGGAUCUGUUACUUAUUUAGGUGUGCAGUUAAUAAGGUAGCCAGCAUGCAGUGCAUCUGGACCCUCUCCCUGCUUCAGCUAGUUGCCCUGUGGGCCAACGCAGCAGUGGUCACUGAAAAUGGCCUCCCCAUCCUCUGGGACCAGGCACCCAGCCAGCUGUCAGAACUGCCUCAGGUGGACAACGUGGUCACAAUCAAACCCUGGAACUACCUGCAGAGGAUGAGUCUGUAUAGGAUACUGGUGGGAUCCACAGACAAGUACAUGGCCUCCAUGGGAACCAAUGAGACUGACAGUCUGUUCUGGGGCCUGCCUCUGCAGAUGGGCUGGAAACUCAGAUCAGGACGGUUGGUUGACCCUACUGGCGCUACAACAUGUGGAAAGGAAGGAGAUCCCAUGUGCAUUUCUGCUACAAGCUGGUGGGCCUGUGUGAACUACUACCUUUCAGUGAUCCCGUUCCUGGCUGCUGUGCAGAAAGACGUGAUUGGAGAUGGUCUCAUUCAGGUCCAGGUACAGGCACCAGCUGAGGCAGAAGAGGACUACUGCACCUCCUACACAGAGUGCUCUACUAAGUAUCCAGACCUUAUGGCCAAGUGGGAAGAAUUCUUCCAGACUCUGAAAGACGUGAGUGUAUCUGAGAUUUCUGACUUUGAGAAAAGGGACCAGAUUCUGGGUGUCUAUUGGGCAGGUCAACAGCUCUCUUUGAAUACUGCCUCAACCAGCUGCAAGGCAAAGAUGAGCUACUAUUCCAGCCCAGAGGUUUCAUUCGCCAAAAACUGGAUGAACUCUGCAGACUACGUAGCAGCAACAUACUUCCAGUCCAACCUGAAUAACUCUGUGCUGUUCAUGAGCCCUCUGCCCAGCAGGGUGCUUCAGGAGGGGGAUAGCGCCCCUAACAUAGCUGACCUCACCAAGGAGGAGAACCACACCCUCUAUAUCUUUGGCUGGAUGACCAGAAUGAACAGGAUUCUGAUGGGUUCUCUGGUGAGGAUUUGGCGCUCGGCCAUGUGCUCUGACAAGGCUCGGGAGAAGGGCCGGGAGCUCCUACAGGAUCUGGUCCAUGACCCUAAGUUUGCUGCUUCCACCUUCUUCUCCAUUCUCAAAGAGAUGACACGCAGCUGCUGAGGAUUCAGCAAAUCAGUCCAACACCAACUAGCUCAGUUUCAACCUGUCCCAAAGUUAACAUCAGAUGCCAUUCAUAAUGAUUCAUUGUUAAAUGUUUCUGAAUACAUUUCACACAGUAGUAUUUACACAUCCUGAGUUUUUGUAUUUAUUAAUUUUCCACAGUAGGCAAAUGUCCUUGUUGAUUAACAUAAAAACAAUUUAUUUCUUGUA